AUGUUCUCGAGAUCGGCUACCCGCGCAGUUCGUGCGGCGGCUCCCGCGUCGCGCCUCGUUGCUCCCCGUGUCCCGGCCGUCCGAACCUACGCCGCUGCCGCUGCUGCCACCGAGAACGUCAAGCCCCCUGUCGCCGUCUUUGGCCUCGAUGGCACCUACGCCACUGCCCUGUACACCGCCGCUGUCAAGACCUCCGCCCUCGACCCCACGGCCAAGGCUCUGUCCAGCCUCGAGGCCCUCGUCAGCAAGGAUGCCAAGCUGUCCACCAUCCUGGCCGCGCCUACCCUGAGCGCCGAGGACAAGACCGCCAUCGUCGCCGAGCUCACCAAGCAGGCCGGCGCCGGCUCCCAGGAGACCGUCAAGAACUUCCUUGCCGCCCUCGCCGAGAACAACCGCCUCGGCCUCCUCCCCGGUGUCUGCCAGAAGUUCGGCGAGAUCAUGAGCGCUGCUCGUGGUGAGGUUGAGCUUAUUGUCACCAGCGCUACGCAACUCGACAACAAGACUCUCAACAGACUGGAGUCUGCCAUCACCAAGUCCUCCUACGUCGGCCAGGGCAAGAAGCUCAAGGUCACCAACCAGGUCAACCCCGAGAUCGUCGGUGGCCUCAUCGUUGAGGUCGGCGACCGUACCAUUGACCUUAGCGUCUCCUCCAAGAUCGCCAAGCUCAACAAGCUCCUUACCGACACUUUGUAA